UGACGUAGGCCCAGCUGAUGUAGUGUCGUAACGCGUGUGACGUUUGAGCCGUUUCUUGUCCGUGGAGCACAAACAAACUCCAACACUGCUGAGCAUAACAGCUACACGGCCAUGGCGUUAAAUAGAAAUCACUCCCAAAACGGUGGAGUGUUGAUUAACAACGGAGAAAGUGUGUUAAGAGAAUGUAAGAAUGUGGAGCUGUCAUUCAGUGACGUCGCCUGUAAAACAGACCUACUGAAGGGGACCAAGAAAGGCACCGUGUACCUCACACCAUACAGGAUGGUGUUUGUGUCAAGUAAUACAAAGGAUUGCUUGGGGUCUGCCAUGUUCCCCUACUAUCUGAUGAAGGGCUGCAGUAUCGAGCAGCCCGUGUUUGCUGCCAACUACAUUAAAGGGACAGUGUCAGCCGAGCCGGGUGGCGGCUGGGAGGGUCAGGCCCAUUUCAAGAUGUCAUUCCCCAGCGGAGGAGCCAUCGAGCUGGGCCAGCAUCUCUUCAAACUGGCCACAAAUGCUUCUCGGGGAGCCCCCGCCCAGAAUGGCGGCGCGUCAUAUCACGCCUACCCUUCUCCCGGAAUGAUGAACGGCUACAACCCACCUCCGCACGCCCCCCCAGUCUACCCAUAUGCACCCACUCCGCAGCAGAAUGGAUUCUACCCGGCUCCUCCACCUCCCGCUGGCAACAUGGGCUACACUUAUCCGGCAGCUGCUCCAGGAAUGUACCCAUACCCGUCGGGGGCUGACUACAUGGCCCCGCCUCCCCCGUAUCCAGGGCCACCUCCAAACUGGGCUGCGCCCCCUCAGAAUUGGACAGCUGCGCCACCUCCAGGGCCGGCUAACGCCAAAGCCGCAGAAGCGGCGGGCAACGCCUACUACAAUCCCAGCAAUCCGCACAACGUCUACAUGCCCACGGAGCUGCCUCCUCCAUAUGCACCUUACCCAAACUCCCCUGAAAAGAAAAACAACUGAGGCGCGCAGACACUUGGACACUUAUUCCUUAUCUUCCGAUGGAGCCCCCAGUUGCAAUUUACGGCCCAUUUACAAAAUAUUGACUUUUAGCUCUUACGGUAGAGUGUGGUGAAGUGACAAUUUGUAACUUUCCCCACAGCCCCCCCCCCCCCCCCCCAAAAAAAAGUCGUCUGUGGCUAUUUUGCUUGGUAUAAUAAUUUUGUUGGCACGUUGUAAAGAGCAUUUUGGAGCUGAAAGGAGGCAGUGGGAAGUUGAAUGUACUUUUCUCAUGACAGAACUGUAUGGCCACACACUUUCUCAGAGUUCAUUCUUGUCGCUUUUAAUAACAACCAAAAUUGUCAGUGUGUUUUUGCGGUAUCAUUUACAGUGUUUCGCCCCCCACCCCCAACCUCUACUGUCUUUGAAUAGAGUAUUGUUAAUCAUAUACAAUAGCAGGAGUGGGUUGAAUAGAUUUUAGUCGUACGCUCUUGGCCUCGAUGCUUCCUGAUUCUCAUCGUUUUUUUGCUAAUAGCGUGACUUACAGACUAGCUUGCUCUCUAAUGGCGUUCGUGUAUGCAGAAGCAAGCUGAUAGCUUGUUAUUCGGCCUCGGUCAGGACGCGGUUACCGGGUUUCACCGGGUUUCACCGUUCAGAGCACAGCAGUGUUUUGCCUCCUGUCAAAACUCCCGAGGGCUAAUCGUUUUUUUCCCCCCUGUUAAGCAGUUGACCCCCAUUUGCAGGUCUUUGCGCACCCUAAGCGGAUUUCCUUAGCGUGGCUUGACGUUUGCUUUAAUCAUAUACUGUCUAUAAUUGAAUAAUGCUUGGCUGAAUUUUCUUUAACUCGAAUCUAAUAAAUUUGUCAUUUAUUGAUUAUACUA